UCUCCAACACUAAGAUUUGUACUUGCAGUUAAGAUUGGCAAAUUUACUUGUGGUAAAGCCAGUAAAGUGAUCUUUAUGACAUAUAUUGUCUUGCAUUCCAAGUUCUUUUUUGCUUUUCAAAACAUUCUUGUAACUGUUGCAUGCAACAUCUGCCUUUAUUACUUAUAUUGUAAGAUGCCGAAAAGUUUUCGGGAAUUAUCUUCGCGGCAAAAAAAUCAACGCCUUAAAGCUUAUGAAAGACAUGAGCGUGUCUUAAUUGCACGUAAUGUCGACAAAUCUACAACCAGUAAAACACAUAACUUAGAGUCGCGAAGUCAUAUGAAUGUGCCUCUAAAACAAUAUGCUUUACUUAAUGACUUUAAUUCAGAUAAUAAUGAUGUUUUACCUGAUGACACUAACUCAGAUUAUCUGAAUGUAUAUUUUGCCGACGUUCAAAAUUAUGAUGUUCACGGAACUGUUGAACCGGAAAAUGAAGAAAAUACUAGAGAAACGACUUCUAAAAUUCUACUUUCAAAUUGGUUACAUUAUUGGAAGGUAAAACAUAAUAUUUCUCACAUUGCUUUGUCCGAACUGUUAAGUAAAUUGCGUACGUGUGGUCACACUGAUCUACCAAAGGAUGCAAGAACGCUUUUAAGUACGCCGAGAAAUAGUAUUGUAGAAGUAUCGGCAGAUAACAGUUUUUUCCAUUAUGGUUUGAAAAAAGCAAUAAUUGAACAAUUGGCACGCACACAGUUUAUAGCGGAAAAUAAAAUUAUUCAGAUUGAUUUGAAUAUAGAUGGACUGCCAAUAUCCAAAAGCAGUAAAAGUCAAAUUUGGCCAAUAUUGGGCAAAAUUUACGGUGACAAAGCAUUUACACCAUUUAUAAUCAGUGCAUAUCAUGGGUACUCAAAACCCUCUGUACAUAAUUUUCUACAACCUUUUUGCCAAGAAUAUAAUGUUCUUCAAAAUAUAGGACUUGUUUUUGGUGAAAACAGAUACACUGUACAAAUUAGAAGCGUUAUUUGCGAUAGCCCUGCAAGAGCAUUUGUAACUUGCACAAAAUCACACAACGGAUUUUUUGGAUGUGGAAAGUGUACGCAAGAAGGCACCUAUUGCAACCAUCAUAUGCUAUUUUUGGAAUCUACUGCAUCACUUCGAACUGAUCAAAAUUUUAAGGAUAGAGUACAAGAAGAUCACCAUACUGGUGUAUCUCCUUUUGAAUUGAUACAUCUGCCAAUGGUUUCUCGAUUUCCUUUAGAUUACAUGCAUUUAGUAUGUCUAGGAGUCAUGAAAAAAUUAUUGCAAUUAUGGAUAAGUGGUUAUCAGACAUCAAGAUUAAGUGGUCGAAAAAUAACAGAGUUGUCGGAAAAGUUAGUUGCUAUGUCGAAGUGGGUACCGAAAGAAUUUGCUCGAAAACUACGUUCGGUGGACGAAUUAGCUCGUUGGAAAACAACCGAAUUGAGGCAAUUUUUACUGUAUCUUGGACCAGUCGUGCUGUUAAAUAUUUUGCCAGAAGAUAAUUUAUUACACUUCAAUGUAAUAAAUUGUGCAAUACGAAUAUUAUGUCAUCCAACAGAUUGCUUCCGUAACAAUAAAUACAGCAAAGAUCUACUGAUUCAAUCUAUACACAUAUUUAGACAGUUGUAUGGUGACGAUACUAUAAUUUACAAUGUACAUAAUUUAGCUCACAUAAACGAAGAUGUUCUCAUGUUUGGAUCACUGGAUAAUUUUUCUGCCUUUCCGUUUGAGAACUACAUGCAGUCAAUAAAAAAGAUGCUGCGAAAGUCCGAGAAACCACUACAAAAGUUAUAUAAAAGGAUUUCGGAAAAUUUUAAUGAAACUUUUCAAUACGAUUGUAAUAAAUCUAAUAUGCCUAUAUUGAAAAAAAAAAGUUCAAAAGUUCCUCCAAUGAAUUGUACCAGUGCUUAUUGUAUAAUUGAAUUCAGCGACUUUACGUUGACAGAUAAGAAGCCCAACAACUGUUGUUACCUUACAGAUAAAACAAUUGUUGUUAUUGAGCAUAUUUGUUAUAAUAAAGAAAAAAUACCUGUCAUUAUUGGAAAAAAAUUUUUAACAAAAAAUUCUUUACCGUUCUAUCCUUGUGAAUCACAAAAUAUGGACAUAUGUGUGGUGAAAAAUGCAUCGAACCUAGAGAUGUGGCCAAUAACAGAAAUUGUAAAGAAAGCUGUUCAACUUUCGUUUGAAAACGCAAAUACGUGGUGUUGCAUGCCGUUAUUACAUUCGACGUUCAAUUAAAUACUCAAAUGAUUAUGUUACAUUGCUGCGAAAUAACUCUAAAUCAACAUUCAACUUUAUGUCUUCUUCGUAAAUUGCAACAGAGAAUGACGUUUUAUGUAUUACUCUAUGAUAUGUAUUGUAUAACAGUACCAAAAGCAUGGAUAGAUUUUAAGCUAUCCACAUUUAAAAUGCCAAGAAAAUGUAAACAGCUUACUCAAGCUUGUACGAAACAACUGUCACCAUCUGAUGACUGGGACGAAAUAAAGUUUCAUAAGAGCUUCGGU